AGGAGGGGCAGAGGCGGCGGCGGCGGCGGCGGCGGGCGGAGCUUCCCCACGUGCGCUCGGCGUCGUCACGUGUCUACCGGGAAGGCGCCGCCGGUGCUGGUGGGGGGCCAUGGUGGAGGCGCGCCGGGGCGGCUGGUUCCAGUUCGGGUUCCGCUUCGAGGCGGCGCCCGCGGCGCGGAUGGAGCCGGAGCCGGUGAGCGAGUCGGCGCCGGUGCGCGCGGUCAGGCCGAGCUGGAGCUUCGCCGGGAUCGUGGCUCCUGCGGCUGUCGGGUCUGAUCCGCUGCAGCAGCAGCAGCUGCUUCUGCAGGGAGCGGUGCAGGGCGCCCUGCCCCCCGACUGCCUGGACCUGCUGCCCUCGGAGACGCAGGUGCUGCUCCUGCGGCAGACGGCGCUGGAGGCCUGGGGAGUCGACUCGGUCCCGAAGCUGGAGGGGGAGCCAGCUUGGCGACGGGAACUCCUGCCCGAGGAAGUGGCAGCCACAGAACUGCCCUUGGUGCCUGGUGGGUAUGUGGCCCCUCACCCCCCCUUCUUCACCCCACUGCCCUCCGCCUUGCAGGCACGGAAGCUGGCGCUGGGGCACAAGCAUGUGGUGCUGCUGAGUGUGGGGGGGGCCCUCUUCACAUGGGGCUGUGGCAGGCACGGACAGCUGGGCCAUGGGGGGCUGGAAAGCCUGGAGGAGCCCCGGCUGCUCGAAGCCUUGCAGGGCCUGCCGAUGGGGGUCGUGGCUGCCGGGGGCUGGCACUCGGCUGCCGUCAGUGAAGUGGGCGACCUGUACAUCUGGGGCUGGAACGUGUCCGGGCAGCUCGCCUUGCCUUCCAAAGCCGUGGCGGAGAGCAGAGCCACCACCACCACCUCCACGGCGGCUGGCAGAGGGGCUCCGGAGCCAGGCGUGGCCGGGGACGCGGCCCCAGAGAGCCUCCCGGCUGCCGCAGGGGCCUUCAUCGCCAUCCAGGCCUUCCCUGCUCUGCUGGAUAUGCCCCACAUGGCAGAAGUCAGCAAGGUCAGCUGUGGGUCGCGCCACACGGCCGCUUUGACACGCGCCGGGCAUCUCUACACCUGGGGCUGGGGGAAAUACGGCCAGCUGGGGCACAGGGACUCGGCCAGCUCCGACCGGGCCCGCAGGGUCCAGUAUUUCGAAGAGCGCAGCCUCCGCGUGGUGGACGUGGUGUGUGGCCCCUGGAGCACCUACGCCUGUGCAGUGGGAGGGGGAGGAGCAGGGCACGACGGCCGCCCCGGAGCAGAAGAGCAGCAGCAGCAGCAGCAGGCGGUGGUGGGUGCAGAAGAUGCCUCUUCCUGCGCCCCAGGAGCCGGAGCCUGGCUACGCUGACCCCACGGGGGGAGGCAGCAUCCAUCGCCCCGGCCACACCAAGAACUGAAGCUGGCUCGGGGUCCUCCGCCCCCCUCGGGACUCCCCCUUCCACCCCUUGAGAGGCGGGCAGGGACUGCCACAGAGCACACCACAGCCGGUAAGAAAGAGUACAGGAUCCAAAUGUAUUUGUUAGAGCAGAACUCGACAAGGGACACAAAACCAUGUAACACUCGUGAAUAAAAUGCUGCGCUUCUCCUUA